UUUGUUCGCGGUGCAUUCUGGGAGUUACAGUUUGUGCCACAUAUCCGUUUCCACUUGGCAACUUCGCUCCAGUCAGACCGAGUCAAACGGCUUUGACAGACCUCACAACAUUCAGGAUGUUUCCGCGCUGCUCUUGUUCGGUAUCUGGAUGUCGGCUGGUGGGACUCGGCCGCUGAGUUUGGAAAUGGCCGGGUCUUGGUAAACUUUUAGCGGCUUAUUAGCUAAUGAAGAAUAGCUAGUUAAGCGAAGUGUGUCGAAGAUUAGCUAAGUAAGCUAACCCGCAUAUUGAAUGAGUAUAGAACAGAGAGCUUCUCUGCUGGUUUAUCUGAACCCGGAGACUACCUUAGCUACAACUGGCUAUAGGUCUCUACACGCAGGUUGCGAUGUUAUUUGGUGUUUAGAAGCUGCAAUGGAGAACUGCAACAUGGAUAACAACACGCACUAUCUGUCCAGGGGAGUGAGACCAACGCUAUUAUCGGCUGUGGGAAUUUGCCUACACUGACUUCACACUUUGCCAGACCAAAUAAAUACUAUGAGGAUUUCAGGACAUUUCUCAAAGGAGGUGUGUUAAGCUGUCUACAUUUGCAAAGAAUGUCCGACUUGGAAAGUGCCAGUUCACAUUUUGGUCUGGAGGAUCCGCAGUGGCUAUGCAUGGUCACACUGUUUAUCGCAUCCCUGGUCACUCUGUUAGUGUAUUUAAUUCAAUACAUCCAGCAAAAACGUGAAAGAAAUAGGCAGAGGACAGCCGAGGACAAUGCGGCGAAGGAGGAAGCCGCCGCUCUGCUGAAAUGGGCGCUGUCACUGAAUAGCUGGAAAAGUCGCUGGAGAGGAGCUUGGUGCAGCGCUCUCAACGACGAAUCGAGGAAGCGUGGGGGUGCUGUCUUGUUGACAUUUGAAGACGAUGAUCUUGAAGAAACGGAGCUCACGGUCAGCCAAGUGUCAAGCGUUCAGAAGUCUUCCAGGAGCCAGGCCUCUUGCUUCACCGUGGUCGGGGAGAAACUUGAGUUUGCCCUCAGAGCAACAUUUUCCGCCAUGGCUACAGCCAAUCCAUAUAAAUACACCGUCUCUAUAGCCCCACUGGAGCUGCAGAUUCAGAUGCAACAGGCUGAAGAUAAGAUCAAGCUGAGCUGGGGAGUGUCUCACCUGGAGACUGGGGACCUGCAGGUGACGCCCAGAAUGACCGAGGACACAUCCAGUGUAGCAGCCAUAGAGGAGCAGCUCAGGCAGCUGCUCUGUGCGACACGCCCCUCUGUGUUGCUGAGCUGCAGGCCUGCUCAGGCUUCAGAGAUCAAGGAAAUCCAAAACCAAUUUGUCUCGCCCCCAAAACCACCCCGUGCCCACGACUGGAAGCUGCUAGUGAAAAACAUCCGGGUGACGCUCAAUCAGGAGGAGGAUGCUGCAGGCAGCAUGAAUCCUCUUUGUGUGCUGCAGUUAGAUGACCCUCCACAGAAGUUUAACACGUCUGCUUUAAAGAACACAACCAAUCCUGCCUGGGACCAGCCGUUUAUCUUUGAAUUGAAUGGACGAUCAAAGGAGCUCAGUAUUCAGCUGAUGAAUGAUGGACAACCUCUAGAGAAAUCCUUAUUAGGUCAGACGUCGGUGCCUUUAGAUCUGGUGAGAAAACAGCCCAAAGGACAGCAUACAUUUGCACUCACGACCAAAGACACAGUGACUGGAUCACUUACUACUGACUUUACCUACUUGGAGCCUAGCGAGGUGAGGUCCUGGCACCCUCCAACUCCAGCCUCCAAUAAGAAGGUGGAGAUGGAUCGUACAGUCAUGCCCUGUGGCACCGUGGUCACCACCAUCACCGCAGUGAAGAGCAAGCCAGGUCGACCAUUCCCACUUGGAUUCAAUAUAGAUCCUGCCCAGAAACCUGUGGUCAACAACCCUAAGCUGUCGGAGCGGCGUGUGUCGGAGCAGGCGUCUUUGUCGGGGGCCCCGGUCAGCAAGGCUUUGUCCUCUUCUGACACGGAGCUGCUGAUGCUCAACGGCACAGACCCGGUGGCCGAGGCCGCCAUCAGGCAACUCCACCACUCUGCCAAGCAGAAGCUCAAGUCCCCAGUGAAGAAGAGCACCAUCAUUAUCUCAGGCAUCGCUAAAACGCCCCUGUCACAGGACGAUGAACUCGCUCUGAUGGCUGGCUACGCUGCGGCGAUGGAUGCCUCGAUGUCGGAGGACAGCUCCACUCAGGAGGCGACCGCAGCGAUUGCGUCGGGGUCCAGUAGCCCUCCUGAGAUGUCGGAGCCACAGGAGGGCCCCAGUGGAAUCGGCCGGCCCCCAGAAGACUGGGAGAGCCAGACGGGAGAGGAAAUGGACAAUUCGUCACUGUCCAUGUGUGUGUCUGAAGUGAGCUGCAAGAAGAGUAGAGGUAGCUUCCUAAGGAAGAGCGCCAAGCUCUUCUUCCGGCGGCGUCACCAGCGCAAGGACCCAGGGAUGAGCCAGUCCCACAACGACCUGGUUUACUUGGAGUCUCCAGCUGCAGUGGAUCGCGCCAGCCGCACAGCCACGCUUAGCCGCAUGCUCAGCCGCAGGAGUAGGAAUAAGAGUAAAGCCAACGGCUCCACCUCUGUUGGGGAGCCACAUGCGUGACCUCCACCCUCGUCUCACCUCAGUCCUUCUCACAACAACCACUAUCACUGCAAAACUUCCUGGUUAACAAAGCCCUGCUAAUGCCCAACCUGCAUACCAGGACUGCUGCAAUGUGAAUGGGAGAGUUGUGCAGGUGAAAAAAGUGCUUCCUAUAAGAAGCAGCCAUUCCACCAAAAGUGAGUGUGUGCAUGUGUGGAUGAAUGUAUCCUCUCCUGGCUUGAUGGCAUUGCAGAGGAUAUUAUUCAGCAUGUUUUUUUUAUGUGAUUUUAUGCAACAUUUUGAAAUCUUAAAGUGCUUUUAUGGCCUUGUUAUGGACAGAAGGGGCUGGUGUAGACUGUCGCUCUUUACCUCAAUGAGGGUAAAGGUUAAGCUCUCCCUGCUGUAAACCGCAAAGUUUCCUACGGUGAACCAACAGGACCAAAGAUGAAGAGCAGAGUGGUUAUUUGUAUGAUUUGCAGUUUUACAAGCGUUUUAUUUAAAGUGCAAUGACGGGAGCUACUCGUGUGCUAGAGACUCUUCUUUACGUCCGAGUCAUGUUAAAAGCAUUCACAAAAUUCACUCUGGGACUUGUGCUCGUGGGAGAAAGUGAUAUGACUACUUAUUGACACUAAGACUAUGAAAUAAGUAUUUUAAAUCAAGCAUCCAUUUUAUUUUAGUUUUUUUUCAAUUAACUUAAAAUCAUUUUUUAUUCUUAAUUGAUAAUGCAUGGCUAUAUGCAAUGUGCAUAUAAAAAAAAAAGCUUUGCUACAAAUUGUGUCCAGACAAAGACAAGGCCGAUGUUUUAACAAAGCUGGUUAGGAUUGGCUGAGUGCAGAGGUCAUGUUAUUGUGCAUCACCAGCUACUGAAACAACAGUAACACUGUGGCGAACAUGAACUUCACACGUAAAUGAGCAUUUAAUGUUUACUCCUGUCUGCUGUGUUUUGAAAUGAUAUGCAACUUCCUUCUUCGUCUUCCUAAAAGAUUCUUCCUGUACACUACAAUGAUCAGCAGGGUUGAAAAUGUGUCAAAAGGGAACAGAAUUUACUUGUAAUUUAAAAAACCAGUGAUUUUACACGUGGCCAGACUCUGGCAUGUUACUCACUAAUAAACUCAUUCUAUGCCCAUUUCAAUCCUGCAUUUUUAUCAGAAUGAAACCCUAUCUUUCUUUAAAUAAGUGUUUUUAUGUAGCUUUGAUCUCAUAAGAAAGUGUGAACAUGUUUGAGAGCAACCAAAUUGUUUUUGGUUGCUUUUUUUUAAUCCAGCUAAUGAUUGUAUUAUUUUUAUUUUCUCCGUUCAUCCUGUUCUACUGUUUCCUCUGUAAUUUAAAAUGUGCUGAGAUAAUGGAUGCAGCAGCACAGUGACAGACAGAAUCAACAGAUUGCCUUACACAGAUACUCUGAAGAUGUUCUAAUGGACGGCUGGUUAUCAGAGACCUGAGGGAACCUUCAGGAGUUAUUGGAAUAGCGUCAUGUCGCCAUGUUCCUGCACCAUCAGCAAUGUCUAUUGUCAAAAAGCCUAUGCACAUAUCUGUUAACUUUUUAUGAGUAAGCACCUGGAGAAAAAAAACUCUUCCUGUCCAUGACUGUUUAUCUCCUGCAGAUGAGGUGUGGAUUGUCAUUGUGUCUCCUUCACCUGCUCCCGUCUGUUAAUGAUUCAGUCUGAAGUGGUUCAUUUUAGUCGCAGUCAGCUUCUGAGCUCCCUCAUAAAGCUUGGUGCCAGCAAAAAUGGCUCCAGUUGUACAUCCAGUGAAUCCAGUGAAUAUAGUCAGGCUGUCUGUGAUUAAUAAACUGCUUCCUGAUGUUUUCUGUACUCGCAUCUGUUUUUGUGCACCGAAACUCAACUCUUGCUGCAGGAUGUUUCUCAGCUCCCUUUUAGGGAUUGCAUAUGACAUUUUUUGUUUUAUCACUUUCAGCAAUAAAAGAAUUGACAGAAUAACUGAGA